UGUGCUGUAAGAGUAGGAGACUUUUAAAUUUACAGCAGAAUGUUUAACAAGAAAGCAAGAAGGAAUUUUAGACAAAGGAAAGACGACUCGAGUGAAGAAGAUGAAAGAGAGCAAGUCGUUGAGACCGUGAGAGAAGCGGAGGUGCACAGUGUAAAGCAGCUGAGCGCGCGCAGAGGGAUUUCCUGCAGCUCCAAACCCAGCAACACUCCUCCAUACAGAGGCGCUGAGUCCAGUCCAGAGCACACACAGGAGCCGGGGGCACCUCACACUCAGACUAAAGACGACAAAAAGUCUUCUCAGAAGAGUCAAACCCUUAGCUUCCUGGGUGAAAAAGAAGGUUUGGCCGAGAGUGACUUCAAGUUGAAAAGAAUUGUAAACAAAGCUGUGGUCUUCCAUGCUCGCAAAAAGGAAGAUUCUCCCGUUAAGGUGACCACUUCACAACAAGAUGUGGAAGACGUUAAGCCUAAGGAGCAAUCCGAGAGCAGUUCCGCUGAGGACAUGUCUCCAGACAGCGAUGAUGAAACAAACUCUACAGCUUCCAGCUCCUCCAGCUCUACUGAAUCUUUCAAAAAAAAAACCGUUAACAUCCCUAAUGCAGAGAAGAUCCGUGCAGCUAAGGACCAAAGGAGGAGAGCAAGGGCGCAGCGGGACUACAUCCCUCUUGAAGCAGAUGAGGAAAAUGACGUUGAGGUUGGAGACAGAGUGCAGGACGAGAGCGAUGGAGAACAUGGCAGUGAUGAUGAGCCAGAUGAUCAUGAACGCAGGAUCGAGUUCGCGCCCAAACCCAAAACACUUAGAGAGCGCAUGACGGAGAAAAUGGGGAGUGGGAGCGAAGGGAGUUUCUCUGAUAGCCAGGAGGAGGACCAGCACCUCUGGGAGGAGCAGCAGAUUGGAAAAGGUGUUAAAAGAUACCAGAAGCAAAGUGGAAAUUAUUUCAAACCUCUCAGGCGAAAAAAAAUGUUUGACAUCCCUAAGACUCUUUCUCCAGUCAGCAUUGAUAUCAUAAAGAAGAGAAUUACUGGAAAGCUUGAAUCUCUAAAGGAGGUGCAGAGAGCUCAUGAAGCUGAGCUCAGGAGGAUGCAGCAGGACAUAGAGAGCGCGAGGAGUGCUGUGGAGAACCUGGAGAACCAUCCUGCUGACAGCCAGCUCCUCUUCUAUCGCAGCAUGAACACUUUCACCCAGAACCUGGUGGAGUGCCUGUCUGAGAAGAUUCAGCUGAUAAACUCCGUAGAGCUGGACAUGCACCAUCUGUAUAUUGACCAGGCGGAGGCGCUGUUGUGUCAAAGAAGAAACGCAGUUCAGGAACGCUCUAGACACCUCCAGCAAUUAACGUACAGCACUAAUCCACCAAGCAAUGGAGAAGCACUGGGGAAAACCAACACAACCCAAGACAGUGAGCUGUUAAAGGAAGAAUGUGGGAACGUCCGGGCAGAUUUGGAACCAACAGCAGAACAGGAGGCAGAAUUACAGAGUAAAAGAAAGGAAAUACUAAAGAGAAGUGAGGAGAUUUUUGCUGAUGUUCAGGUCGACUUCUCAGACGUGAAGAAAAUCCUGUCCAGGUUUAACGAGUGGCGUGUCUCGUUUCCAGAGUCUUAUACCAACGCCUACAUCAGUUUGUGUCUUCCUAAACUCCUGGCUCCUUUGAUACGACACCAGCUCAUUGACUGGAACCCUCUCAAGACAGAGGGUGGAGAUUUUGAAGCACUUCCAUGGUACGCUGCUGUCGAGAAAUUCUGUCAUGGACAAGGCUAUGAAGAAUGCGAGAAUGCUGAUGAGAAAACACUUCCUGCGACCGUGGAGAAGGCCAUCCUGCCCAAAAUUCGAGGUUUUGUCGAGCUCGUGUGGGACCCUUUGUCUCUGAAUCAGUCUCAGUGUCUGACGUCACUUUGCAAGAGGAUCCAGGAGGAUUACAAUGUUUUCGAUGGUGAACAGAGCAAGCCUGUGAAGGCUUUUCUGGAAGCUGUAACCCAGAGACUUAGGAGUGCUGUGGACAACGAUGUGUUCAUCCCUCUUUAUCCGAAAAGUUAUUUGGAUGACAAGACUUCCCCACAAUUUCAGUUUCAGAACCAACAGUUUUGGAGUGCCGUUAAGUUGCUUGGAAACAUUUCAUUAUGGGAUGGCUUGAUUGCUCAGGAUGUCCUGAAGGAGCUGAUGCUGGACAAACUUCUCAACCGUUACCUAAUGAUGACCCUUCUGAACGAGUCUAAUUCACAGCACGUUAUUGAGAAAAGCAAGAAGGUGGCAGAGUGUUUUCCAAAGUCCUGGUUCAUGGAUCUCAGCACUGGAUCAUCAGUCUCACAACUGCAACACUUUAGCAAGCAUCUUCUGCAGACAGCAGAUUUAUUAUGUAAAGACAGAAAGGAUUCCACCAGCUGCAGAACUCUUCUAUCUGAUGUCAUGAUUCUUCUUUGGACCAUUAAGGCAUCUGAGAGCAUGAGGAUUCUAGCAGAAAAAUACAACUGUUAUGAUUUGUUAGAAUCUAUAAAAAAGUCAUAGUUUUAUAUCACUCACCCACUCAUCUUCUAUACCGCUUUAUCCUGUAUUCAGGGUUGCGGGACGUGGAGUCUAUCCCAGGAGGUUUAGGGCACAAGGCAGGGUGCACCCUGGACAGGGUGGCAAUCCAUUGCAGGGCGUGCACACACAACACACACACACACACACACACACACACACACACACACACACACACACACACACACAGAAUUUGGAAACGCCAAUUAGCCUAACCUGCGUAUCUUUGGACUAUGGGAGGAACUCGGAGUACCCGGAGGAAACCCACCAAGCACAGGGAGAACAUGCAAACUCGAUGCACAUAAAGACGGGAACCCGGCCCCUGGAGGUCCAAGGCGGCAGUGCUAACCACUAUACCACCGCGUCGCCAGUUUUAUAUCGGUGUAACAAUAAAUCUAUUUUUAUAGCCUAGAAAUGAUUGUAUGGUGUGAUCAAUAAAUGUGCCAUUGUUCUUAAAA